GGUAGAAAAUCUAGUAACCCGAAAAUAGCACAUGGGUUUCUCUUCUUCUUAGUCAUGUGACUGAUAUUGAUUUCUAAAAUAAUUUCAACCACAUGCGAAAUAGAUUAUUCAAGCAAUUGGGUGAUUUCAAAGUAAACCAUUGCGAAAUCAACAAGAUCUUCAUGAUCAUGACGGACAUUACCAAGUAUAAGCUCAACCAUUCCAUGCUCAGGGUCAAGGACCCUUCAGCAAGUGUCGCGUUCUAUGAGAGACUCGGCAUGAGCGUGUUGCAGAAGUUCCAAUUCCCUGAAUAUAAAUUGGAUCUUUAUUUCCUCGCCUACAAUUCUCCCAAGUCCGCCUCUCAUGGUAAGCACACGAGUGACCGCGAGGGUGUCGUAGAAUUGAGUCACGAUUACGGUGCUGGAGACACGCAUGAUGAGAACGAGCAUCCGAAAGGCUUCGGCCACAUCUGUUUGUCUGUUGACAAUGUUCAGGCUGCAUGCAAGAAACUGUCCGAUGCCGGAUACAAGUCUCAGGAGAUGCUUCAAGACGGAUCCUCAUUCAUCUCCGAUCCUGACGAGUAUAGGGUCAAGCUCGUUUUGCAGAAUCUCAUUCAUGAAUCUGAAAAUGGGACAGACGUCCAAAGUUACAAGAUGAACCAUACCAUGCUGCGUAUUAAAGACAAAGACGUCUCGCUCAACUUCUACAAGGACGUUUUGGGAAUGACACUGGAACAUACGUCUAGUAACCCUGACGCCGUUUUUGACAGCUACUUACUUGGUUAUGGCUCACCUGUUGCAAACGACAAUAUUCAUGGAACCGACCCUCGGUCGAAGCGUGAGGGGAUGGUGGAGCUGACCUGGAACCAUGGAACAGAGAAGAAACAAGGCAUGGUGUACGACAAUGGUAACAAAGGUCCAGAAGGCUUCGGUCACAUUUGUAUAUCAGUCGACGACAUAGUGGCUGCUUGUGAGCGAUUCGAAGAAAAGGGUGUCUCGUGGCAGAAGCGAUUGAUGGAUGGCCCCUUCCGUAUAGCCUUUAUUCAUGACCCAGAUGAAUAUUUGAUAGAAAUCAUUCAAAAUGAAAGCUUCAAACCUGCUGGGCACGAGAUUUAGAGUAUCGAUUAAUCGUGGGUCGAAUAACCCACCGCUACGCGGUGGGCGCAAGCGAGUUGCAUCGCGAAAGCGAGUUGCACCG